AUGAAAUACACAGUGUCUUUUGAUCAAAAGACUCUAAUAGAUCUUGUUGAUGAUGAGGAACUUGCAAAUCUUUUUCAAUAUAAUGAGAGGAGUGGCCAUGUCUAUAUAGCAUGUAAAAGGAAUGGCAAUGCAGAAGAAGCAAGUGGUGAUCCACAAAUCAUGCAUACAAGCGUGAGGCAGCCAGAACAAAGCUCUUUUUCUCCAAGAAAUUUCAAUAAUGAACCUGAACUUGCAUCUCAUCAAAAUGGUGUUACUUAUGAAAGCUGUGGGGGACCUAGUAGCACACCAUGUGGAGUACAAAGUGCACCCACACCUUUUCCUGAGUUGAACUCAUUGAAAUGGAAAGAGAUAUUUUCAGGCUUAUCACAAAUCUUUCCGAACGCUGAUGCUUUCAAACGGCUGCUACACAAAUAUAGUAUUGCUAACAAGUUUCAAUACAAGUUUGUGAGGAACAACAAAGAAAGAAUGUCUGUGAAAUGUAAAAUCGAAGGAUGUCCUUGGAAGAUAACUGCAAAUGCAGUAGGAAAGAAUACCCCUUUCCUUCAUGUGACGCGAUUCAAUAAUGAGCAUGUUCACCAUGCACAAGAUUGUCUUCAAGUAAACCAUGGGGGAAGAGCUGCUCUAACAUUAUCUAUUAUUAUUGAAGAUGUAAGAUCACACAUAGAUAAGCGCCCUAGUGAAAUUAUGAAGACAUUACAGAGAGAAUAUGGAGUAAAUCUGACAUAUAAACAAGCAUAUGCUUCUAAAUUAAAAGCAAUGGAGGAUAUUCAAGGCAGACCAGAUCAAUCUUAUAUGCUUAUACCAUGGAUAUGUCAACGACUAAAGGAAAGUGAUUCGACAACAGUUGCUGAAUGGGAAGCUUCAAACAAUUACAUAUUUGAGCGUGUUUUUAUAGCAUAUGGUUGUUGUAUUGAGGGGUUCUUGGUUGGGGCAAGACAUAUAUUAUAUAUAGAUGGUACUCAUUUAAGUGGCCCAUAUAAAGGAACCUUGUUGUCAGCCUCCACAUAUGAUGCAGACAAUGAGUUACUACCAUUUGCAAUUGCUAUUGUGAAUGGGGAGAUAUUAGAGGACUGGACAUGGUUUUUAUCCAAGAUUAGACAGAUAACAGGGUCAAUUGAGCUGACCAUAGUUUUAGACCGUCAUAAUGCUAUAAUAGGAGCUGUACGAGUCAUAUUUGGUAGUGAUAGACAUGCAUUUUGCUAUUGCCAUGUGAAGGAAAACUUUAGUUCAGAAUGGUUGAAAAUAAAUAGAGGAAGGGGAAGGACAAGUGCUAAGAGUAAGGUUGAUGCACUAAAGUUGCUUGAUGAUAUUGCUUAUGCAAGACUUGAAACUGAGUUUGAUAAGGCAAUAGGACAUAUGAGGGAUAUGUCUCAAGAGUUAUUUGAAUGGCUUGUGAAUCAUGGUGAUAUUGAUAGGUGGGCUUUAAGUCAAUUCCCAUUUAAACGAUGGGAUAAUAUAACAACUAAUAUUGCUGAGUCAUUCAAUGCAUGGAUGGUGAAGGAAAGAAGGCAUAAUGUUGCACAGUUAAUCCAUGAACAUCGAGAAAAAGUAGCAAAGAAGAUGCACGCAUCAGCCAUGGCAAUCAGUAAGUGGAGGAAUGGUGUUGGGCCAAACAUCGAGGCUGUAUUGAUGGAAAAUGUGAUGAGAACUGAACACAUGUUUCCUGUAUCUUAUGGAGGGAAUAGGGCAUGUGUUCAUACAGCUUAUGGAGACUUAGAAGUUGAUCUAGGUUUACAUGAAUGCAGCUGUGGAGCAUGGCAAAUGUCAGGGAUUCCAUGUGCACAUGCUUGUGCAGCCAUCAAGCUUGCCCAUGGAAAUGUGUAUGAUUAUGUUGAGGAAUGCUAUAAAAUUACAUCUCAACAAAAGAUUUAUAAUCGGAGCAUGAUUCCAGUUGUGACAAUUGACAUGCCAGAUAUUAAUGACUAUAGGAUGGAAAAUAUUUUAGGCCAAACCUUCCUCCAACCACCCCGCACAAGUCGACCUCCUGGACGGCCAAGAAUUAAGCGACGUGAAUCACAAUUCCAAAAUAAGAAGACUUACUACUGUGGAACAUGCCAUGAAGCUGGUCGCACAAGAAGGACGUGCAAAAAUCCAAACCCAUGUUGA